UCAUCAUCACCUACUAGAUCUCUUUCGAGUAAGAGUGUGCAAGAGACCAGCAAUAAGCGAUACAAGACAUCACUGCUCGGAAAGAAUAAACAAAACAAGCCAUUCAAAUCACCCAUCAUCCGAUCUAAUAUUGAAUUGACAAAGGCAGCCAUCGGAAAUAGAAGCACACCUCGUACAUACGGUUCUACUCUUUUUGAUUUGACAGUACCGAAAGAACGCAUGAGGCUUUCUUCUUUGGGAAAACCAUCAAGAUAUACAAGACAAGAACUCUUAUCCAAAAAGAUGUAAGUUAUAUUCAUAAAGCUAUUAUGCUAAAUUAACGAGUGUUGUAGACCCCCUGAGAUCAUUGACAUGACGAGCACAACCUCAGUAAACUACAGAUUUGAUAACUGGGGGCCGAAAGAAGCACAAACGGAAAUAUUGGAUGCUGGUGCACUGCCACAUAGAGUCACGCUUGGCUGGAUAGAAAAUCACUAUCGUUGGAUCGUUUGGAAGUUAGCUUGUCAAAUCAGAUCAUACCCUGACGUGUUCAUGAAGGAUUGGAAGCCAGAGACAGUGUUUCAUCAACUACUGUAUAGAUACGAACGAGAGGUUAAUCAGGGCCACCGACCUGUGCUGAAAAAGAUUUUAGAACAAGAUGAUAUUGCUGCUAAGCAUAUGAUUUUAGCUAUUUCUGAUAUAAUUGGAAUCAAAGCGCCUGCAUACUACAAUACAUCAUCUAAAUAUCAACUACAGCUUACUGAUGGCUGGUACCAAGUUUCUGCAUGCAUUGAUGCUCGAAUGGAACGCGCCAUUGCAAAAGGCAGGUUAAAGAUUGGACACAAACUUUCUAUUUGCGGUGCACAACUCGUAGGCGGUCGCACGGCACAACCAGGUUUGGACGAUGAAAACGCUGGUAGAAUGCUAUUAUUGUCAGCUAAUGGAUGUUUGCCAGCAGCGUGGGACACACGUCUAGGCUAUCAUCCAAAAAAAUAUAUCAUCCGGAGCUUACCAACGAUAUUUGACGACGGCGGCAUGGUAACCGCAUUGGAUAUUAUUGUAUGUCGCAAAUUUCCUAUGCUCUAUACCGAAACACUGCCGAACGGUAAAAUGGUGACAAGAACAGCGAGGGAAGAGGAAGAGAUCCGCUGCGGAUAUGGUGAUAUGUUUGAUCCCACUCUACUUAUUCCCAACUUUAGUGGUGAAGGACGUAGCAAUGUCAGUGAGACACGACCUAGCCCAGAAGAACGUCGGGUAUCUGGAUAUUUUAAGAUACGUAUUUGCGAUUACUGUGCCUACUCCAAAUAUCCUCAAGAAGAAUGGGCAACACUUUUACUACAGAACGCAAACGAGCUUAACCAUAUGGAUAUUACCGAAGGCAGCCGAUAUAAAAUCUUUUUUGUCAUGCCAUACCACCCAAAAAACAAACGAUACCCUGGGCACUAUUUCAAGACCACGCGAAUGACACGGUGGGAACCUGCUGCUGUGGAACACAAGUCACCUUACUAUGUGCCUCGAUGUAUCACAUCAUGCUCUGAUAUCCAUCAACAGGACAGCUCCUUGGAUUUCAACGUUGCUGUUGUUAUCAUACAGAGUGGGACUCCUAAGCUUGAACAGAUCAAUGAACGUAAACUGUGGAGACAGGAGCUGUAUGUUACAGACCAGAGUCAGGCGAUUUGCCGUAUCGAUCUUCGUCUGCCCAUACAGCUUUCAUCUAAUCUCAAGGGCCAAGUGAUUGGUCUUGCCAAUAUACGAUUUGAACUCUAUGAUCCCAAAUAUGACAUCACAUGUUUGAAAACAACAGAUGAAAGCGAACUUUUCACCAAAGGCUCUCCUUCUGCUGAUUACAUGUCCAAAGGCAUCCAAAAUCUCAAGUCAUGGAUCCAGUCAAAUGCAGAUAGUGUCAUUGCUGUCACUGAACGGGUUCAAAAUAUCGUUCAAUAACCUCCCAUUGUGUAAAUAAACCACCAU